GACCUGGAGAGGCAGCACGAGGAGGUCAUGAAGAGUCAAGACGUUUUGGCACGUCAGCAGGAAGAGGUCUUGGAGCAGCAGGCCCUGCAAAUUGCGAGUCUUGACAACAGCAGCAAGAGCGUGGAUCGGCUAGUUGAGACUGCUGUGCCGGUUCCAUUGGGCCUCCCGAUCCCUACGCCGCCACCUGGGCUCUGUGAGCCAGGUGUGGACUUAACAGAGCCGGUGUGUCAGGAGUCCCAGCUCCCAUGCACGUUCACAAUCAGCGACAGUCAAUCCCGUGCAGCCUCGCAAGCAACGAUCUUCCCGGGCUGCCUCCUCUUCGCGAACGCGUCUCAGGAGCUCUUCAAGUAUUGCAACGACGGUGAAACAUCGCGGGUGGUGACGGCGUCCACUUGCGACGAUGAUCCCAGCUUCGAUGCGAUGUUGUCGGCUUUCCUGUCCCACAACGGCAGCUGCCGGCUUGUGGGCUGUGUCAACGACAACGGCCCCAACUGCCCGAAUCCUUGGAACGGCACCGGUAGGGACACGCGGGCAACCUUGACAUUUACUGUGGCACCGUCAGCUUGCGUGUACAUUGUGCAGCAGCCCGCCGUGCUGCGUUUUGGCAACAACACCGAGACGCUCACCCUCACGUCUGCAGGCAUUGGCCCCACAACACCCACUACAUCGACCACAUCCACGACAACCUUAGCAACAAUUUCAUCUACGUCCACGACGGUCGCAGGCACCACCACCACCACCACCACAACGACGACGACUACGCCGGCUACGUCAAGAACGACUACGACCGCAGCCAGCACUACCACGACCACGGCUACGACCACGACCGCCGCCGCCUCCACCACGACCACCACUGGGACUUGUCGACAGCAUCCCGCCUCCUGUCUGGACAUAUUUCAGAGCGCUCCUGCCAGCAAGGACGGAGUCUACACCUUGAAAAUCCGAGAUUUGGACGGGAAUGUCCAAGAUGUGGACCUUUUCUGCGACAUGAGAAAUGGAGGUUGGACGCUUGUUGGCCAGAUCCAGGGCCGAUUUCUGAUCUUUGAAGACUGGCUGCGGACGUACCGCAACGAAACGGAGCUCAAAACCCCAAGCAUCACCUCCAACAUGUGGGCCUCCAUCCCUGCGGUGGACCUGGCCGUGAACUGCGCGUCAGAGAUCCGGUUCAGCAACGGGGAUGUCACCAGCUAUGUCAGGUGGCAAAUGGAUGUGGAGCGACAGCUAUCGACUUGGUGGAACCACAGAGCAGGUUUUCAGACAAUCAGAGCAGCGACAGGCCACCAAGUGCAGGUCUACGACCAAAACGGUGCUAGCGAAACGUGCUGGCAGAAUACUUACGGCAUCAUGAAAGAGCAGUCCCAUGGCGGCUCAUACCCAGCAGCUACGUACAAUGACAUCGGCUUCACACGGGGAGGUGAUCUGUGUAUGGCCGUUGGUGUUCAGCCAGCUAGUUCGACACGCUACGACGACUUCUGGCAGUCUGGGAACGGCUACGAUGCGCCCACAUCCGACACCGAUUGGCCGAAUGCGAAUUACGGCGGAAUCCCGAUGGUGAGCGUUUGGCUGAAGUGA